UUGGUUUUGUCUCUUUUUGUAGAACACAUGCGAUACAGGUUGGACACAGUACACGGUGGCCGUGAAUGCAAUUUUCUCGGCUGGGCUGGUUGCGUGUAUCGAUACUGUUAAUCCAAAUUUCUUUUUGGUAUACUCUUCGUAGGUUUUGCUUUUCAUGUUUAUUGGGGAUUUUCAAAAAUGUUUGAUCAAAGCUUGAUGAAAUAGCACAUACGCUACUGCAAUAGUUUUGAAAAGGGCGAAAAUAAAUUACGCCUACUCAUGGCCACCGUAGGCAUUCUCAUCCCGUAAUAUAUGUGAUCUACGUGAACAAUCAUUUAUAUUGAUCCCGUGCAGCUGCUGUCGUUUGAGAAGGGCUUGUACAUCUAGAGUUGGUAAUCUUCAUGUUCGUACGUGAGUGAUGUCUGACCGAAAAGCAGAGCUUGAACGCAAGAAGCUGCGGCUUCAGCAAAUACGAGAGGAGAAGAAACGCAAAGAAGAAGAAAAAAAGAAGAAGGAGGCUAAUGAUGCAACCAAGGCAGUAGCUGAUGCAGCGGGGGCGGGUGAUAAGAACCUGGAGAGGAAACGACAGGAUGCAGACGCCCUCCUACAAGAGUUAGGCUUGCCUCAAUCUGCUGGGUCGCCACCCUCACCUUCCAAAUCAUCUGUAAGUGAUGGAGGAAGUCAGGACUCCAGUACACCAGAUACGACACCAUAUAUCGCCAGUGCCAGCCCAAGACAUAAGCUCAAACUGGGACGGUCCAAGCCUACCAUCAUGGGCUUCCCACCCAAGGAGGUAGUGACAUACGCAAAGGAGACUCAGACACCGACAGAGACGCAGGACAAGGAAGAUCGAUCAGACAGUGAAGAUGAUGACGAGGAGAUGCCAUUGAGUCAAGCACCGGCCACGGUCACUCCGGUUCCUGAGGCACCACCAGCCGAAGAAGAGAAAGAAGAAGAACCAAAAGUACAAGAACUGACUGAGGAAGAGAUUGAUCAGAUCCUGGCAUCAGAGGAGUUCUUGAACUUCUUCAGUCAGAGCACCAAGGUGGUGGAGAGAGCGUUGACGGAAGACAAGAACAUCUUCAUUGACUACCGAGGCAAAGGGGACGAGGAUGGCGAAGGGGACAAGGAUGCAGGAGCCAAGUUAUCUCUGAACUAUCAGUUUUUUGAUGAGCGUUGGUCUCGUCACCGCACCGUCACCUCACUGGAUUGGUCAUCUCAGUUCCCAGAGCUGGUGGUUGGAUCCUACAACAACAAUGAAGAAUCUCCCCAUGAACCCGAUGGCGUGGCCCUUGUGUGGAACAUGAAAUUUAAGGAGGCUUCUCCAGAGUUUGUCUUCCACUUCCAGUCUGCAGUGAUGUCAGCGGCGUUCGCCCGUUUCCAUCCAAACCUUGUGAUUGGGGGAACUUACUCUGGUCAGAUCGUCUUGUGGGAUAACCGUAGCACCAAGCGCACUCCGGUCCAGCGGUCACCGCUAUCAGCAGCUGCACAUACACACCCAGUGUACUGCGUGAAUGUUGUGGGCACCCAGAAUGCACACAACUUGAUCAGCGUAUCAACCGAUGGCAAGAUGUGUUCCUGGAGUCUGGAUAUGCUCUCACAACCUCAGGACAGUAUGGAGCUACACUACAAACAGUCCAAGUCAGUGGCUGUGACUAGCAUGACAUUCCCCAGCAAUGACGUCAAUAACUUUGUGGUUGGCAGCGAGGAUGGGUCUGUCUACACGGCAUGCAGACACGGAAGUAAGGCCGGUAUUAACGAAGCAUAUGAGGCACACCAGGGUCCAGUGACAGGCAUUGACUGCCAUCACGUCCAAGGACAGUUGGACUUCUCUCAUCUCUUCCUGUCCUCGUCGUUUGAUUGGACCAUCAAACUAUGGAGCCUUAAACAAUCCAAGCCACUGUACUCGUUUGAGGACAACAGUGACUACGUGUAUGAUGUGCAGUGGUCUCCGGUCCACCCUGCCUUGUUUGCCACCGUGGAUGGGAUGGGCAAGCUGGACCUGUGGAAUCUCAAUAAUGAGACGGAGGUGCCAACGGCCAGUGUGACUCUGGACGGACAGCCUGCAGCAAACCGUGUGCGCUGGUCUCACAACGGCCAGCAGAUAGCAGCCGGAGACGCGGAGGGCAGGGUCUUUGUCUACGAUGUGGGGGAGAGUCUUGCCACACCCAGACACGACGAGUGGUCUCGGUUUGUCCGCACGCUAGCUGACAUCAAGGCAGUGACUGCAGACGCUGAGGAGGAUGACCUAUCUAGAUAAAUGGAAUAGCCCAACUCAUGAAUAUGCAUGAGGCACAGUCAGCCAAUGGCACUUUGCUUGCUUUUUAGGACAACGUAUCCGAUCAAGAUAAAUGAAAUACCUAUAUGAAUAAUAAUUGGAGUACCCUGUUAAGGCCUGUUUCACGAAUAGAUGCAUAAUAAAUGGAAUAUCCCGGGUCAUGAAUAUGCAUAAUGAAUGCAUACCCAGGCUCAUAAAUAUGCAUGAGAUAAUAUCAGCCAAUGACAAUUGGCUGGCAUUAGCACAAUGGUUUACCCUACUGGGUAGGUUUUGAAAAAAAAUGAAAGGCACAGCACAAUGCACCAGGCAUAAAAGUUUUACUUGGGUCAGCUAAUUACUUCAUUGUUUCCUUCCACAUUCGUCAUGAAAAAAAAAAUAGAAACAAAACUUUAGAAAGUCUGGUGCAGCUAGAAAUUUCCCAAUUUGUUGAUGCUCCUAUGGACUAUAUGCCAUUGGUUUUCAUUAAAUACAGAAUAUGCAAAUUCGUGAAGUAAUCCUCUAUUCAAUCAUCCAGUUUUAAAUUAUUACAUUUAAUGUAGGUUUUCAUCCAUGUAUGGCAAUUGACCUAUCGCUGUUUGCGAGUGUGCCACGCCCCUUAGACAACCCUAUGAAACUUUUGUACGUUUAGUUUUGUUUUGUCUCAGAAUUUGCGCGUUCUGCGUUCAUUUGUACAUCAUGUAAUUGGACAAUAUUUCACUAGCUGCAUUGACGCGAUUCUACCGCGAUAGGUCAAUUUAGAUUAGUCCUGAAUUAUUUUUAACUAUUAUUUUCAUAGCCUGUGGGUGAUCUUAUUUUUUUCGUCCCUCCACUUCAGGAAGAGACAAAUUAGUGCUGUGAUGGUAAUCUAAGUAGAAGUCAUUCAGUACAGAUAACUGGCCAACUUUAGAAUAGAGACUCGGACUUUGAACUACUUGUCCGCUUCUGCCCAAACAAGACAAGAUCAUGUAGUUGAAUUCAAUGGGUACUGUCGAUCUUAUCUGUCAAGUAGUUUGUUUGGAUUGGAUCUUGUUGAGCGGCCCUCCUGUUUGUUAUACAGUCCUGUAAUUUGUGGGUGAAUUGGGUCAUUGAGUCAACGCAUCAGGAGUUAACUCUGUCACACGUCGUUAUAAAAACAGGGAAACAAGAUUAGGGUUUACCUGUUCAGCUGGUUUUGGAAAGUCUUGGUUUCGGUCAUUAUUUACACUCGGUGACUCGGUCAGUCAGGCAGGCAGUCAGUCGGUCUGUCUGAGGUCAGUCAGUGACUCAGUAAGAGGACACUAAGCUGGACCUUCGGUUCCAUCAAAAACAACCUUAAUUACAGUUAUUUCUAUGUAUAGCGGUCACAGUAAAUGUAUUGACAUGCUUCCGAAUCUUGUAUUAAUUUGCAAGAAAUUGCAUGGAACAUUCAAUCCUUGCUGUCCAAUUUGAAAUAUUUUCAAAAUGACGGAUGUCCUUGUGGCUGCUUAGUUUCACAAAACCGAAAUUGAAGGAAUAAUGUAAUUUAUUUAUAUUAUAGUGAAUGUGUUUGAUGAAUAAAUACAAACAAAAGCCAAAAUUGUAUGCAUCAUAAUGAUCGAAGUUGAUGGUAACAAAAACAAAAAAAUGAUAACAAUGAAUCAAACUCGAUAAGACAAGAGCAAAAUAUUUGUCGUGUGUACUGUCUGUGAAGUUUCUUAUGCGCAUGUGCUUCAUCAAAAUUAAAAAAAAAAAUAUUACUAAAAAUUACUUAAAAGCCUUUGGGUGAAAUUCUCUAACCAAUUGUUGUCUCAAAAUCCUGUCAUAUUUUGGUUUUCAAUUAUUUUUGGGUAUGGUCCAUAAUUCUUGCCAUUUAUUUGGGUAAAAAGCACCUUAUACAUUUCAUUUUUUAAAUUUUUUGCAAAAUGUAUUAACACUCCAGUAAAGGUUGUGAUAAGUUUCAUGUGAGAAGUAAUUUGUUUCUUCUUACAAAAAAAAAAAGUAUGUUAUGUAAAACACGGUCAUUGUCAUUUACAGAUUCAUAACUGUCUUUGCAUUUGGGAUUUGUUUAGAAAUUUAUUUUCUUGAAUUUUCGUUAAAUUAUGGUAAAUUGAAAUGGCUAAAUAGAAUACAUUAACUUUGACAACUUUUUUAAGUGUUGGGUCAUUCCUACUGGUUUUAUCUCAAUUUUGGAAGACAUUCAAGCCAGAUUAUUCAUUAAAUUUUGCAUUGGCUGUAACAUGCAGAAAUACUGUCAACAUUAUAUAAAACUCCUGGAAAAUAAUUGAAAUUUAUCAUAUACUUUUGGAGAAGUACACUUUUUUAAAAUAGAAAUGUUACUGAAUAACAACAGUGGAAUUACAAAAGGUUCAAUUUAUUUUUAAUCAUGGCUUAGAUUUCAUAGGAUUCAUUAGUUCAUUAUGGAGUUGAUUUAAAGACCUUUGCAUGCUGGUAUUUAUGGUUGUAUAUUUUAAGUUUUGGCAGUUCUAUUAAAUGUCCAAAGGAAACGCU